AUGGAGCCUUAUGAUGUCGUAGUCAAUCAGCCUGUGGUCAUAGAUAACGGCUCCGGUGUCAUCAAAGCCGGCUUUGCUGGUGAGCACAUUCCAAAGUGCAGGUUUCCCAAUUAUAUUGGCAGACCAAAGCAUGUUCGGGUCAUGGCAGGCGCCUUGGAAGGCGAUAUUUUUGUUGGUCCCAAGGCAGAGGAACAUCGUGGCUUGCUAAGCAUACGGUAUCCAAUGGAGCACGGCAUUGUGACGGACUGGAACGAUAUGGAGAGAAUCUGGAGCUACAUAUAUAGUAAAGAACAAUUGGCCACUUUCACGGAGGAUCAUCCUGUUCUUCUUACUGAAGCACCUUUGAAUCCCCGCCGUAAUCGUGAAAAGGCCGCUGAAUUCUUCUUUGAAGGCAUCAAUGCACCAGCGCUCUUUGUCUCCAUGCAGGCAGUACUCAGUCUUUAUGCCACUGGUCGAGUGACAGGCGUGGUUCUUGACUCUGGUGAUGGUGUGACGCAUGCAGUUCCCAUCUAUGAGGGAUUCGCCAUGCCUCACAGUAUUAUGCGCGUGGAUAUCGCCGGUCGUGACGUGACGCGCUACCUGAAAACACUCAUUCGCCGGGAGGGCUUUAAUUUCCGUUCGACAGCCGAGUUUGAGAUUGUGCGCUCAAUCAAGGAGAAGGUCUGCUAUUUGGCAACCAAUCCCCAAAAGGAAGAAGCUGUGGAGACUGAGAAGUUUGCAUACAAACUGCCAGACGGCAAGACAUUCGAAAUCGGACAGGCUCGUUUCCGUGCGCCGGAGGUACUCUUCCGGCCCGAUCUGCUUGGCGAAGAGUGCGAGGGAAUACACGAUGUUCUAAUGUACUCCAUUGAAAAGUCGGAUAUGGAUCUCAGAAAAAUGCUCUAUCAGAACAUUGUACUGUCGGGUGGUUCAACACUUUUCAAAGGUUUCGGCGAUCGUCUGCUUUCCGAACUCCGAAAACACUCAGCAAAGGAUCUGAAGAUAAGGAUUGCUGCGCCACAGGAACGCUUAUACUCCACAUGGAUGGGUGGUUCGAUUCUGGCAUCGCUGGACACCUUCAAAAAGAUGUGGGUAUCGAAGCGAGAGUACGAAGAGGAAGGCUUGCGUGCCGUGCAUAGAAAGACUUUUUAGUUUGUUUAUUAAUUUAAACGCAAAUUGUGUAAAAGGCUUAAUUAAACUCUGUAUCAAAUCCAUGUGUGUCAGCUAACAUCAAAUAUCCCUCAAAAUUCAAGAACUCCAACAAUUGCAUGUGUGUUAUGCAUAAAUAAGCGCAAAGUAUUUAAAAAACAAAUGCUAUUUAUUGAAAAUUGCUUUCGGAGCAUAGAGAAUAAAAAACUAAAUAACUAUA